GCUACUGGCAAGUCCGGGAGGCGGGACGAAGUCGCUUGACAGUCGAAUCGCAUGAAUGCAAUGAUUCAAUGUGUAGAUGCUGAUCCAAUGAGCGCUCGAAUAGCUACGCCUCGCACGUAAUUGUCUGUGCGCGGGGCCACUCAGAGGCAGGCGAAGGCGGGCCUGGGUGGAUGGAUGACUGGAGUUUCCCUUGCGGUCUGAAGAUUAAUGGAAGGGGUCUGUUGAUCUGAGGAAUCGACUAUCAGGUGGUCGGUCCCAGGAAACCAUUGCACUUGACGGCUUCUUUGGAAACGAAUGGAGAGAAAUCAAGUGGGAUAAUCGCCAUUGUUAAAAAACGACUAUACUGGACAUUUUUUUUUUUUUUUUUUUUAAAAAAAGGUCUCAAGUGAGAAGGCCUGCAUACACUGAGAGAGUACCUGGUUAGUUAAGGCCAGACUGCGAGGAACGCUCAGAAGCUAACUUUAGCUUGCUAGUUAGACAGACGGAAGUGGCUUUCGACGAUCUGUGUCCGGACUUGAUUUUUUUUUUUUUUUUUUUUUUUUUUGAAAAACCAAGCCGUCUGUGGAAAUAAAUAACAACUAAGUGACGAGCUGAUUUGUCCGUGCUUGCUGGAGAAAUUGACGAGCUAACGCUACCAAGCUGACAUCCGCUGGCUAUCUCUGCGAGCUAACGCGCUAAGCUGAGCUAACUUAAAGCGGCUAACGCUUAGGGCAGACUUCUGAGUUUCCCUGAAGUCACAACGGAAGAGUGCCGCUUUGAGCUACAUUUACAUUUAGUCAAUAAUGAUAGCUGUCAGCUAGUAGCUAGCUGUCAGUUUCAUUGAGUCCAGUGACUUGCGUUAACGGUGUAACAAUACUCAGCGACUCGCAAAGGAAAACUGAUUUCGAGCCAAGGGACUCCACCAUCAGCCUGCCAUCAUGGGCAACACGCCCACAGCAAAGAAGGGCAAUGAGAUGGAGAGCGUGAAGGAGUUUCUUGCCAAAGCCAAAGAAGAUUUUCUGAAAAAAUGGGAGAAUCCAGCACAGCAAACUGCGGCGUUGGAUCACUUCGAGCGUUUGAAGACUUUAGGCACGGGCUCGUUUGGUCGAGUCAUGUUGGUGAAACACAAAGAGUCUGGUCAGCAUUUCGCCAUGAAAAUACUUGACAAACAGAAGGUAGUGAAGCUGAAGCAGAUAGAGCACACACUGAAUGAGAAGCGUAUCCUCCAAGCCGUCAGCUUUCCAUUUCUGGUGCGACUGGAGCACUCUUUUAAGGACAACAGCAAUCUGUAUAUGAUAAUGGAGUACGUGCCUGGGGGUGAAAUGUUCUCACACUUAAGGAGGAUCGGUAGAUUCAGUGAACCACACGCCCGCUUCUACGCAGCCCAGAUUGUACUGACCUUCGAAUACCUUCACUCGCUGGAUCUCAUCUACCGAGAUCUGAAGCCAGAGAACCUGCUCAUUGACCAGCAAGGUUACAUACAGGUAACAGAUUUUGGGUUUGCAAAAAGGGUGAAAGGCCGAACCUGGACACUUUGCGGGACUCCCGAGUACCUGGCGCCAGAAAUCAUCCUCAGUAAAGGUUACAACAAAGCUGUGGACUGGUGGGCUUUGGGAGUACUGAUAUACGAGAUGGCUGCUGGUUACCCACCCUUCUUUGCAGACCAGCCUAUUCAGAUUUACGAGAAGAUUGUAUCAGGGAAGGUUCGCUUUCCUUCCCACUUCAGCUCAGACCUGAAAGAUCUGUUGAGAAAUUUGCUGCAAGUGGACCUGACCAAGCGCUUUGGCAAUCUCAGGAAUGGAGUCAAUGAUAUCAAGGGCCACAAGUGGUUUGCCACCACCGACUGGAUUGCCAUCUACCAGAGGAAGGUGGAAGCUCCCUUUAUUCCUAAGUGCAAAGGCCCUGGUGAUACAAGCAACUUUGAUGACUACGACGAAGAAGAAAUCAGAGUCUCCUUCACAGAGAAGUGUGCAAAGGAGUUUGCUGAGUUCUAGAUACCAACCACGAGUAGUGAUAUUAUGAGAGAGAGGCAGGGAUUUAGAAAGUUAAAGGGGGCUGAGGACAGAAAGCACUGAAGUGGACUGAUAACUUGCUUAUAUGUGAUGAGGAAAACGAUGUAAAAUCCACCCCCCAAAUGGAAAGACAGAGGCAAAGUGAUAAAAGAUCCAACAGAACCAGCAGUGUUGCCUUUUUGAUUGUUUCUCAACUGUUACCUUUACACUUUAUUUAUCCCUCUUGUGUUUUGUGCCAGGGGCUUGACAAGAACAGGCAUAGGUUGUGGCUGUUCAGCUAGAUUUGUUUCUUUCUGAUGGUGUAAAUGACAUGUUUUCAGUCUCUGCAGGUUGAGGCAUUGAUUUUUCUGUUAAGGUACUGAAUCUGCUAAAGCUCCUUUUUUUUUUUUCUUCCCCCUCCCCGAGCGGGCCCUCUCUUCAAGCUUCUCUAAGAGUGAUCGUUGUAUUGUGUCUCCUCCCCACCCCCAGUCUCCUCUCCACCUCUCCAUCCCGAAUCUGUCCAAGCAAUACCAAGUCCAACAGCAGUGCCUAUCAUAAUGCCAACUGGUUGGAAAACUGUGUCGAAAGCGUUGGUGCAGAGCUUUGGCUACGGUGGCGGUGGCCCUCGUGCCCGUUUUGGUUGAAAGCUUGAAAAACUCUCUGCACCUGCCUUUGUCUGCUCAAUGUGGCAUGAUUAUUGGGUAGAUGAUGCACUCUGCUGCUUGCCGCUGAAGCAGCGGCGACCUCUUUGAUCAGAGUGAAAAUGAUUUAUCACAGUAAACUUCACUGCGGUCCUGCUCGUUUAGGGACCCGCGGGAAGUAAACAUGAGGUCUGCAUUUAAGUCUGUCUUUCUCUUAGCUGAAUUUAUUAGAGCAUUUUAAAAGGAAAAAAAAAUCCUAUCGGUGAUCAUUUUGUCCUUUUUAUGUCAAUCUCUGUGCUUGUGUGUUAUUUAGUGCUCACGGGUGGGUUUAAAAAGCUGUGAUUUAGCAGCAGCUAACAUUGUGGUCACACUCCUGACUAUUGUUUAUUUAAUUCAUAGUACAUUUAUACAUGUAUAUUGAUAUAUAUAUAAAUAUAAGAUAGAGAACAUGAAAUAUCCAUCUUUUUUCAACAUAUGUCUAUGUCUCAUAGCUGUGAAAUUGACUUUAAGAUUUUAUAAAUAAACAAAUAUUAUAUAAAUUCUGCCAAAUUUGCAAACUGAGAACAAUGCAGUUUCCUGUAUGUGACUCUGAUGGUGGUGGAUUUUAAUACGCAAAACAGUAGCAAAACGUUUCAACAACAUGUGCAUGUUAUUUUUGUACAAUAUCACUUUUAAAGAAAGACGGCAGAGCUUUGUGCGUUACUCGUGCCGAGGUACCUGAGAUCACGAAUAAUGUUUAAUAUUAAAAAGGACAGUCAGUGCUCUAUUGGAAGAUGGAUUGGGAACAAAACCCAGUUAAAUGUGUCAAAGUUCUUCUGGGUUUGGGUCAUUAUUCAGUUGUAGGGCAGCAGAUUGCAGAUAAUUGUCACCGGGGUUGUGCUUCUCCUCUUCCCUGACAUUUUUGCCCCACCCCUCCCCUUUUUGUAAUUCUCCCUACAUGCAACACCUUCAUAGAUUUACAGUCCAACCAAUUUUUUUUUUUUUUUUUUUUUUUGAACUGUUGGGUUUGGGAGUGUUUUGUUUCUUUUAUUUUUCCAGCUUUCUCUGUAACAAAUUAAAACCAAGGAAGCAAACCUAAAGCUUUUUUUUUUGUUUGUUUUGCCAAGUUUCUUUACAUGGAUGCAAGACAAUCGCAGACCAAAUCUUAUUGCUGGUUUGUUGACUGAACACAAUGUUUUGGUUCAUUGAAGGACUUAACGCUGUCGCCCACCUGCCAUCCAUACAUAGGCCUUAGGUGCUAGACCUUGUCCAUCUCACUGAAAAGUUUCUGUGAUCUGUUUGAUGUGCAUCGAGCUCUUUGUCAUACAGUCGUGUAACGUGACAUGUUUAGAAUGUUUUGGGGGGUUUUUGGCUCCAGUUGAUUUCAGUAGGCUUGAGUGAUCAUUUUUGGCAGUGUCUUAAUACGAUUGAGAGCAAUCGCAGGAUGCUUUUUUUUUUUUUUUUUUGAGAAUGUCUUGGAAUGGAGAAGUUUCAGUGCUGUUUGGAAACCUGAUGUGUGUGGGUUUUUUUCUUUUUCUUUUUCUUUUUUUAAAUACAUUUCGUUGGCAGGCUUGGUUUUUCUUGCACGUGGUAAAGCAGCCCAAUGAGAAGACUUCCCUCUGGGCCUUAGACAUGUUUGAAAAAGCAUUGUUUCCACAGCUAACGGUCUAGUUGCUGUUUAACCUUUUUUCGGGGGAUUUGUUUGAGCAUCACACUAAACAGUAAAGUGGAUCACUAACCAAGCUGUCCAGCCUUUUGAACACAGUGAAGCACAGGCCACACAGUUCAUUUGUGCUAAAUAUGUGAGUCCUUUAAUACACACUGUAAUGUUUUGAAGAGGGCACAUGUAAUGCCUUUCUACCCAGCGAUGACUAAACCAUCAACUGGUAGAAGGCAACGCCACUUGAUCCACUUCAGACACCGAAGCAUCACACUUUGUUUUUUCUUUCCAAUACAAGACGUAUUGUCACUUUUCUAUCAGCUAUCAACUGCUCUGUGCUACUUAAGGUUUUUUUUUUUUCUCCCGUCUGCCUUCUCUUUUCAUCAAGUUUCCACACACUUCUUUCAAACAUAACACUUUUUACAUCUGAGAUGUUUUGCGUUCAUAUUUUCUAAUUGUAUUUUCAGAAAAAGAGAGAAAAAGAAGCAAAAACAACAUUAAUCUUUCUCCUCAUGACCUGGGUACAGUGAUUGUGUAGUCUAUUGUACCUUUUGGGAAACAAUACUGUAUAUCCUUGCCUUCGACAGUCUUAACUAUCUUACCCUCUUCUGGAGAACUUGACAGAUACCCUUAGAACACAAUGAGUAUGUUAAAAAUAUAUAUACAUAAAGUAAUAUUUUGCAAAAUGUAUCAUUCCAAUAAAGUUUUACUUGUUAAGACUAA